ACACUGGUCUCCGUCGACGUCGCAAUCGAUUCCGGACGAACGAGUUUCUUCCGGACAUAAUCUCGGUUUUACGGAUUUUUUUAAUCAGAAAUCUCUUAUAAUUCCUCUUAAAAUUCGAAUUUGUGCUGCAUUACGCGUCGAUACGAUACACAUCGGUUCCACCGUUGGCGAAAAAACGCAGGUUUCGGUCGAUCAAGUGUAAAAAAUCAAAAUUCAGUGUUGAGAAAAAGUGAUAGUGCUUAUGCAGGGUGAGAUUCAAACGGUGCUUUUUUCAGCUAAUGAGGAUCCGAUGUUGGUUUUUGUAAAAAACCUGUAAGCAAAUGUGAUUGAAAUUGAAAACCUCCUUUUUAUUUUGGUGUUGACACCUGUUUUAGCUCAAGUGAAUAAACCUGUUACUUGUCGAUGCGAUUUAAGCUUAUUUUUACCUCUUUAGUGUACAACAGUAUAUGAAAAAUGGUGAAUAAGUGAACGAAGUGAUAACCAGAAAUCGUAAAUUCCAUUCGCGAAGCAAAAUAGUAUCAGCGGUGUGUUAUAAGAAAAAUAAAAAGCGACUUCGAUUCCGGGUUGCACACAAUUCAGUACAAUGGAUGAAGACGCCCUCAUAGAAAGGGCCAAAGAAGAGCGAUUGAAAAUAUUCCAACGCUACGACCUUGGCCGAGAUCCCGGGGCGGUUAUCGACCCGUGGGAAGAUCCAACCUAUGAAGUUUAUCAUCAAACGGAUCGGUAUGGUUUUAUUCACGAUAAACGUUUGCCUCAAAAGCACGACGCGAAUGAGAUCAAAGCCAGUAACAUCGAGAUGGAACGCGUUAAAAAAUGGGAAAAGAUGCUUAGCAACUGGAAGAAAGGUUCGCCAGUGCCAAAGCUUCACAAGCGGGUAUAUAAGGGCAUUCCCGUCAGAUUGAGAUCCGCGGUUUGGGAUAAGCUGUUAAAUCUGGAAAGCGUCAUGGUAGAUCGCGAAAAUCAAGGCAAGUACCAGGAAAUGCUUUCGUUGGCUCGCACCUGGGGCACUGAAGUCCGGCAAAUCGAUUCCGAUGUUAAUCGCCAGUUCCGGGAGCAUGAUUUCUAUCGAAAGAGAUACAGUAUCAAGCAGAAAAGUUUGUUCAACGUACUCGUUGCCUACAGUAUGUACAAUAUGGAGGUUGGUUACUGCCAAGGAAUGGCUGGUUUGGCUGGAGUUUUAUUAAUGUACUUCGACGAAGAGCAAGCCUUCUGGGCUUUAAGCAUUUUGUUAUCGGAUAAAAAAUAUGCAAUGCAUGGUUUAUUCAUUGAGGGUUUUCCGAAAUUGACACGUUUCCUAGCACAUCAUGACAACAUUAUAGCUAAAUUUAUACCAAAGUUAAAGAAACACUUUGACCAGUAUAAUCUUGAUUCAAUACUGUAUUCCUUGAAAUGGUUCUUUGUUGUGUUCAUUGAAAGGAUACCUUUCAGUCUAUGUUUGAGGGUUUGGGAUAUAUAUCUGCUGGACGGAGAAAAAGUUGUUACUGCCAUGGCUUAUACGAUAUUACGACUGCAUAAACACAAAAUAUUAAAGCUCAAAGAUAUGGAUCUUAUCGUGCAAUAUAUUCAGACAAAGUUAUAUGAGGAUUUCGGUUACGACGACGAUACCGUCAUUCAAACACUUGAAAAGUGUAUGGAAGAACUACGAAAAGCCGGCAUGGAACUUCCACCUCCAGCUAGUGAAGUUGAGCUUCCGAAGAAGCCUUUCGGAAAAUUUGUUGAACCAACUAAAGAAGAAAAGAUUGGUCGCCGAAAAAAGGAAUUCACGGAAAAAGAGAAAGAAGUUGCGGAAGCAGUUAAAAUUAAGCGCGAGGCCACAGAACAGGAGAUGGACAAACUAAACCAGACUGCAGUUAGUGCAGGAUCUAACGGUCAACUGAACGCUGGAAACAUUCCUGAAUCUGAAGAUGGCUGCUCAUUACUCGGCAGUUCGAGAAAAUCUCUGGCAGAUACUUCGGUAACUUCGACUGCAGAUCUCAGCGUCCUGUCCGGUGGACAAAGUCAACGUUCCCAGCAAGCUUUCGAUCAAUGCUAUGAAGAUCAUCCAAAAACCAUCGAAAGUGGUGACGAAGGCGAUGGACAAAGCAGUCCCGGACUACGGAAACGAGCAAUUAUUUACGCAGCGAAAAGCAAACGUUCCAAGGGCUCAAUGUCAGCCAUUGGUUCAGCGAGCGUGGUAGCUCGAAGUCCUUCUGCACAAUUCGCUGCAACGAGGGAUAUGUCACCGCAAGAUGUCGUACGUAUUUACGUCCCACCGGCGCCACCCGAUGAGCAACAAAAGUGUGCUCCAGCUCAUUCUGCUUCCGUGGCCACCAUGGUUCCAAACAGCCCCGUCAAGAAGGAUUCGCCUGGCCGAAGCAACAGCAAUCGAUUCUCGAACGGGUCUAAUUAUUCUAAUGGAGGCGGUAUUACCCCAAUAAUCGUUAGUCGACUGAGUAACUAUGCAGAUGACAAUGAUGAUGAUGAUGCCAAAACACGAAGAAACAGUGAGGUCGAAUUGUACAGCCAACAACAAUAUGGUGGUGGGAGAUUUGAGAAUGGAAGCGAAUAUGGAACAACAUCGUCGGUUCAAAACUACGGCAUGAAUGGUCGAUCCACUUCCAGUUCUAGGCGCGGAAGCAUGUCCAGGAAAUCUCCGGCCCCUAUGAUGGAGGGUGAGUUUAUCAUUGAAUGUAGUCAUUUGAAAGGACAAAAAUACGUACCGGAACAUUACGCAAGCCAUAACAGCUUAAAUCAAAGUAGUAUGAAGGGCCGCAAUGGUUCAGAGAAUAAUAUCCACAGAAUGACAUCUUUCGAGGAACUGGCGAAAACCAAAUACAUAAGUGGGAGCAACAAUAGUUUGCUAAAAAAUGUUAAUGAUGAUUAUAUUAUACGUCAGAUGAUAAAGGCAAAAGGGAAUCGUUUAACCAAGAGCGAAAUCUACGACACUGCAAACUGUAGUGAAAGUGGCAGUAAUGAUGGCUACGAAACAUAUGCCUCGAUCAAUUCCAAGCGAAUUCCCAGAGGCCAUAAAAGUGAUUAUAACAUACAAUAUAAAAACCUGACCACACGAGGUUUUUCUGAUAACAGGAACGAAAAUAACAGCAUAGAGUACAAAGCUUUCAAAAACAGACAAAACAGUAGGGAAAGCGGAAACGAUAGCAGUCCUUUCGAUUACGAUCUACUCAAUGAUGGACGGCAUGAAAAUAGCGCGCUUCGUGAUUAUGACAGAUUUUUCAACAACGAAGAUGAUGAUGAAGACAAGCUACUGAACAAGUCAUCGGAUGAAUCUUCAACUAGUCCUCCUCCAAUACAUCAAAUGCGGCAUAUCCAAAAAGCUUCGACUGAGAGGAAGGAUUCAAAUUAUGAUCCAGUUAAUCUCCAAUCUCCACGUUCGUCAGAACGACAAACAGCUGUACACAAUAUCGCUUCUUCAAUCCCGAUAAGUAGCAGUAAUAAACGCAACAGACAACAAAAAGACUCCUUUAGGCUAGAAUUAUCUUCUCCACUAUCGUCAUCUGUUCGUAGAAACACAAACGAAUCUCAACAGCAACAACAGUCGAGCAACACGUCCAAAAUUCCAGUUAUCACAUCACCUACGUCGUCACUACAUGGAUCUUUUCGACAAACAAAACGUUCAAGCAAAAUUCCCACAUCACAUCAAAUAUCUUCUCCACUUUCGCCAACCGGAGGCAACAACGAAAAUUCUCAAACAAGCAACGUCAGUCGGAUACCGGCACUCUUUUCACCGACCGGAGGAAAACCGUCCAUAGCUGGGCCGUCUUCUUUGACAUUCACGCCUCAACGGGGAAGGUUCGAUACCAACAGUGGCCGAGCCCGGAUCGGUUCAUCCAUGUCAGCUCAUCAAAUCCAUCAACAACAGCCAGCAUCCGACGCCAACAAAAUACGAAUCAAGGUGAACCAAUCGCAGUCAUAUAGCAGCGGGUAAAUAUGCUCAUUCAGUCUGCCAUCCCAGUCACACUCUGUAGAAUGAAAUCUACAUUCCAUCUUAUAAUAUAUUAUGUAAAAGAUUAGCUUUUUAUAAAGAUCCAGAAGUGUUCUUAAAACACUGAUCUUCCUGAAGCUUGUUGAGUUUAUUUAAGUUUCAUAUACUUAAGUAUUUUGUGUUUUUAGCUUAGCAUUUCGAUUUUAACGCAAUUAUAUUUUACAGAUACUUGCGGUAACGCAGACAAUAUUUUAAACGUGAAUUUGCACUUAUCUGGAGUUAUGGUCAUUAAUACCGAAACAAGCUAAAUUAAAAAUGUAUGGCAAUAAGCAUGGUACCGCUAAAACCAAUCGAUGAAGGUUGUUGCGUGAAUAUUUUAAAAUGUUGUUAAAAUUAGUAUGAUACUGUUGAUUAUCUUUAUAGGGCUUUUCUGAAUGGUUGAAAUGUCGAUUAUUAAAUUUAAAGCCUACCCUUAUCAGGCGUUGUUUUAUACUUUUAUAAAUUUCUCAAGUUAAAAAUUUAAAAGACAAUCGGUAGGUUGUUUUAUGAUAUACUCAGUGAUUGUUUAUGUUUUGUUUCCCAGAUUAAAAAAAAUGAAAGCAUAAAUUAAAUAUGUGAUGAAAAUUUCUUCAAAAAAGAAGAAUAAACUCUUACUAUUCCAUGCGGUUUUCAAAUAGCAAUACCGCUUCAGUAGUAGGGGAAAGUCGGGUAAGACGGACACCCUAAGGUAGAAUCGCAAUAGAAAAUCAGACAUUGCUUAUCUCAUCGCAGUUUUCGUUUAGAUAGGCAGUUUAAGUUGCAUAGCAAUAUCGCAUUAAUUAUUGGAAUUAAUAAAUUUCCUCCUCAAGACUGUUUAUAUAGCAAUCUAAAAGAUGCUUGUAAAUUAUACUUUUCAAAAAUGGUCGGGUAAAACGGACACUGCGUAGAGGAGAUACAUUUUACUGGAAAAAUUGCUGUAAAAGUAAUUAUUUUUGUGAGUUAAUUAUUUAAUAACGUUUUUUAACAAAAAUGGAACCAACUGUGAUUUCCGGGAUUCCGUAUUUUACAGGCGCUGUUUUCACCAAUGAUUUAGUUUUUACAGUUUUUAUGGCCUGUUUGCGAUGAUGGGUGAUUUUCGACCGACGAUUGCUCUUACCAAGGUCUUUCGCAGGCGUAUGAAGGAUCAAACCGAUGAAAAAAUUGAAAUACCUGGAGAAACUUAUGUGUCCGUUUUACCCGACCUUAAGGUUUCCGCCUUACCCGCCUAAGCAACUUAUUUUUCAAACCGUUUGUUGCUCAAGCCCUUUCAUCGAAAUUCGCUGAUUUUAUUGCAGAUGUUUGAAGAGAAACCUAAUAAACGGUUCAAACUUUCAAAAAUGUUACGAGUUAUGAAACAUUGUCUGAGUAGAAAAAAUAUACAUCAGAUAAUGGAUCCUAAAAGUUUUCGUUUAUUUUGUUUACUAUUAUGAGACCUUGCUUGCUGUAGUCUCGAAAGUGUUGAUACACUUAGGCAAACAUAUUCCCAUCAUUAGAUUUGAGCCAAACAUCGUGAUUUUCGAAAUAUUGAAAGUGUCCAUUUUACCCGCUGUGUCCGUCUUACCCGACUUUCCCCUAGGUACUAGUUCCUUAAUGCGUAUUUUGGUUGAUCUUCAAUUCUCCAUGGUCUAUCGUCUGACGGUCGUCGAUACGCCGACAUGGAUUUGUGUAAAGCAGGCCAUACAUUUCACCACAUUUGUGCAAAUGCGAUGCAAUUCUAUGAAAUUCUGUCGCUUUCGUAAGCAACCGUUUGUGUUGGUAUCGCAAAAUAUGUUGGUAUCGUAAGUGGUAGAGACCUUGUGAAAUGUCUUGAACUCUUUGGAUUUGUCUGAAGUUAAUCUUGUAGGAUUCAAUGAAGUUUUGAUCCGACAUUUCUCUCAGAUUCAUAUCGUUCUUCAUGAUAGCAGGUGUCAGCAGAGUAUGUAGUUCGACGCUCCCACCAUGUCAUUUGGUUUCGUAAAAUCGAAAGCAAUUACAUAACCCCUUUUGUGGUCAACAACCUUUUUUUUUUUGGAUAAAAGUAACCCAAAUAUCCUUGACUGAAACUUUGAAGUUCAUUUAAAGCUUCAGCGUAAAUUUUUUUUAGAACUUCAACUAUUCGCCACUUAAAUGUCAAUCUCUAAAUCUUGUCAAAAACUUGAAACUUCGGAUCAAGUCCCGAAAAAGAUCAGGAUCAGAGAAAUGUUAAGUGCCGAAAAGCUGAUUUUGAGGAAACAAGCCUCAAAGAUUUUCUUGUUUUUCAAAAUUAUCAAAACACCUGAGCACAAUUUUGGGGUAAACCCUUAGAGGUUUAAAAUCUGUUUUUUUUUUCUCUGUUGGGGAGACAGUCUACUGCGAUCAUCUAUUUAUCUAUUGUUUUCGUUUUCUCCACUGGCACGGGGGCGAUUUUUUCUGAAUAAACAAACAAAAUUGUCACUCGGGACGAUGCAAAUAUAUGGUUGCUAAACUCACCCCCAACACUGACAACUUCUACGGGUAGCAACCGACUGCUUGAGGUUCAAACCUCGGGCAAAACUGCUGACUUCUGAAUUAAUAAACGAACACAAUGACAGCAGUUAGGGCAAAACUCGUGAAUAACUAGAUUGUCGAUCUUUUGGUACUUUUUCAGUCGAAAUCUCAUAGGGUUAAACGAUUUUCAAUUUAUUUAAUAGGCACUAUAUUUUCAAUCGAAGAGAAAAUAUAUUACAUGGUUCGAAAGUAUCUUCAUUUUUAUGUAAAAUAGCCUACAUGUAUAACAACUUUUUCACAAAAUCAUGCAACAAUCUUUAUAUUAAAAAAAAACAAUAAAUGCGUCUUAUUUGAAUAUAUUGUCGACUUAAACUAGAAAAUUGUGAUCAAAACUAGCACUUUGAAAAGAAAUAAUAGAAUGUAUCUGGACAAAGCUGUGCUAUAAUAAACGCUACCAAAAUUAUUGAACAUCAUCUUUUUCAAUAAGCAUUUAUCGAGACAAUUCUCUUCUGAGAACCCCGGGAUCUAAUAGAUUUAAAAGUAAAACAAUAUGACAAAAAAUAUUCCAUUUUAUGUUUUUCUAAAACAUAAAUUAAAAAAACGAUAACAUUCGAGGGCUGAAUUAUGUUAGUUUUUACACUUAUAUAUUGCUAUGAAGAUGACAUAACAAGAAUAACUUUAUUUAUACUCAAAGAUAUGACGAGAUUUGACAAUGAUUUGUGAGUAAUCGUAGCUAUAUUAUAUAUUGUAAUACGUAGCAUAUUUACUAAUGAAAACCAAUAGCGUUGAAGAUCAAUCGUGUAGAUCUGUCACUUGUCUCGGAUAUGUAGUCUACAGAUGUUAGCGCAAAGCAUCGCUAUUUUUUAAUAAAAAAAAUAAACCACA